GUUGCGCGUCCACCGUCGCCAGUCAGUCAGUCACCAUCCCAGUUGCAGUACAUCACUUCCUGUGCUUCUGAAAUGAAGCUUCGUUUUUAACUUCGUCGGUUUUUAUCAGCACAAGUCGGGAUUCGGGAGGGGUGAGACAAGAAGGUACAAUUCAAGGUAAAGAAGGAAGGCGAGACGAAAAGCGAAGGGUUCCGUCGGUUGAUCCGGGUAGAAGAGAACCAGGAAAAACACAAACAGACUCCCUGGCGGCGGACCGAGACCCUCUCCUGGCGAGGGCGGACCUUCUCUCUGGAUUGGCUGUCUCCGUGGCGACGGGGCUGAAGUGAAACAAUAGCUGUGCGCGGCUGCCUCCCCCUCAUUCUCUGCCCCUCCUCCACCCCGAACGCACACGUACCCCUCGCCCCCAACACACACACACACACACACACACACACACAUAAUCAUACUCCCUCAACCUUGCACCCACACACACACACACACUUGGGGGCAAUCAAACUGCCUCUGGAAAAAAGAAAAAGGAAAAAAAAAAAGUAAAUUUGGACAGCCAGACACCCACAAUCCUUUGCACGUCUGGUGCUUUUUAUUUUCUUUUUGGCCCAGUCCAGCUGGCCCGCGUCGCAGAGAGCUGUAUUUUAUCACAGAGUCGUCUGGCAGUCUGGAGGAGGGGACGGCGGAGGGGAGGAGACGGAGAGCUUCGCUACGCCACGCCGCGCCACACAUGCACGCGUUUAAGCAGAGGAAGCGCAUGGGGCAUGGGAGGGCCUGAGGAGGGGGGGAGGAGGGGAGCGUAGGGGGGUUCAGCGGGGACGUCGGGGGGCGCCGUGAGGAUGAGGAGGGAGGCCGACGCAGUCCGAAACCAGAGGAGCGGUAAAACCUGCGCGAAAACGAAAGGAAUGUGACUCUCCGCAUUUUUUCUUCUUCCCUCCGUUUCCUUCUCCACAUCUCAAAACCAGUUUUUUUUUUUUCCCUCUUCUCCCUGGAAACACUUGAUGAGCCGGUCCAGUGCCUUGCCGUGUGAGAACGGACGCGUUUUACGCACUGACUACGCCCUGCGCCGACGGGCUUCCCCUUCAAACUUCUCUCGUGGAUGUUUGUGGCUGGCGUAACUAACGACUGAAUAAAAAAAGGGCGAACAAUUACAAAACUGAACCUGGGAAAAACAAACAAAAAAGAAGAAAAGACGACGACGAACGUGACUUCCGUCGCACGUCGUUGCCGCCCGAUCGCGAGCCGCACAGGCCGUAACCGUAGCGACGUCCUUUGGAAAGGCGUGUUUGUUUGUGUGUGCUAAGCUAGGCUAGGCUAGGCUAGGCUAGGCUAAGCUAAGUGCUCGGGCGGUGCCAUGGCCAAACUGCAGUCCAAAUGGCGCUUCCUGGUGAUGAUUUUGGGCGUGCAGCUGGUCGUCAUGGCGCUGCUGUCCCGGGACGGCUACCAGAAGAGGAUGACUUAUUUCUUCCGGAUCUUCCGGCGCCCGGAGGCCUCGGCGGGGCCCGGCGCGGGGCUCUCGGGCUCCUCCCUCCACAACCACACGGGCCGGGACGUCUACGCCAACCUGUCCUUCCUGGGGAGGGCGCAGGUGUCCGAGGAGGACCUGCCCUUCUGCCCCAAGAAGUCCCCCCUGGUCGGUGGUCCGAUCCAUGUCACUUUCCCCUCCGGCCUGACCCUCGCUGAGGUGGAGCGGAAGAACCCACUGGUCGUCAGGGGGGGGCGCUACCGGCCGCCCAACUGCGAGGCUCGCCACCGCACCGCCAUCAUCAUUCCCCACAGAAGCAGGGAGCACCACCUCAAGUUCCUCCUGUACUACCUGCACCCCUUCCUCCAGAGGCAGCAGCUCAACUACGCCAUCUACGUCAUCCACCAGGAGGGGAACUACACCUUUAACCGGGCCAAGCUGAUGAACGUGGGGUUCAGGGAGGCCAUGCGGGAGGAGGAGUGGGACUGCCUCUUCUUCCACGACGUGGACCUGAUCCCCGAGGACGACCGCAACACCUACGUCUGCGACGCCCACCCCAAACACGCCGCCAUCGCUAUGGACAAGUUCGGCUACAAGCUGCCCUAUAAGAGCUACUUUGGAGGCGUGUCAGCCCUGACCCCGACGCAGUACCUCAAGAUGAACGGAUUCCCGAAUAACUACUGGGGCUGGGGGGGUGAGGACGAUGACAUCGGAAUCCGGGUGUCUCUGGGCGGGAUGCUGAUCGCCCGGCCAGCGCUGAACGUGGGGCGCUAUAAGAUGAUCAAACACAAGCUGGACCAGGGCAACGAAAUUAACCCCCGGAGGUUCAACAUGCUGGCGAAGACGCGGCAGACCUGGAAGCAGGACGGCAUGAACACGGCGCAGUACGAGAUCGUGAGCCGCGAGCACCUCCCCCUCUACACCAACAUCACCGUCCACAUCGGCACGGAGACGGGCCUGCGGCGGCACGCCGCCUCCGCUGCCCCCGCUGCCCCCAGCCUGGCAGACGGGCAGUCGGACUCCCUGGUGAAGGGACACUGAGCCCCAGAACCGACCCUGGGGAGCCCAGCCCCGCCUCCGCCAACCCCCCCGCCCCCCCUCACCUUCAGACUGCAAAUGUGGGUGGGGUGAGAGAAUACAUUGGAGAGGGACUGGACCCUUUUUCAGCCAAUCGCCUUUCUUUCUCUCUGUCUCCCCGGAUCACAUCUUCCCCUAACACGUUAGUUGCGGGGCUUUGGCCAGGAGGGGGCGUAGCGAACGCACAGAGACUGCACCGCCCAGAGGGUAUCCCGUGUGUCCUGUCUUACCCUUUCUUCUCUAAAGCCUCAAGGGGGCGCUCUCUGUACCCCCACCCCUGCCUUUCCCAGAAGAGGUCCAGAGGAACUGGAUUUCCAUUGGCUGCCUCCUACUCCUACUUCCACACAAGCUGUUUGUAGCCCAGCGGCAUUUUAAGGGACGAUUCUCGUGAAAAGACUUUGGAGGGACGGAGACUGACUCUUCAUAUCCACAGCUUGGUGGUGUAGCUGUUUUACGCCUCUGUUGCCUUAAAUCUCGCAUUUUGUUUGUCUUUCUCUUUAAGUCUGGGUCCAUGUUUGAGGGGUAGGGGUGGUUCAUACAGCACAUAGGCCUGACUGGCCUGGUUUAGUUCUUUUUUUUGUUUUUGCUUCUGAUCAAAUCACAGAAUAAAAUCCUGAUCUUUUAGUCUGUAUUUCCAUGCGGUGGGCUGGCUGCUAUUCUGAAAGCCAUUCCAGCAGGGUGCUUUGCACAAGACGCUGACGCUUUGGGUAAUUUUGUAUUUUAUUAUCUGGCGCAAGUUAUAGUCUGUCUCCUCCACUAAAAAAAAAAAAAAA